AUAAAGCAGCAGGCGCCUGUGCCCGCUCCACCUCUCAAGCAGCGCCUGCCUGAGUCUGUUCUGCCCCCUCCCCACCCAGUUCACCACCACCAUGACACCGGGCAUCCAGUCCCCUUUCUUCCUACUGCUGCUGCUCAUAGUGCUUACAGCUGCCACAGGUUCUGGUCAUGCAAGCUUUACCGAAGGUGGAGAAAAGACGGGGACUACCCACAGAAAUUCAGCACCCAGCUCUACCAGGAAUGUUGUGAGUGUGACCAGCAGUGGCAUCUCCAGCCAUAGCCCUGGUUCAGGCUCCUCUACUAUUCAGGGACAGAACCUGAUCCCGGCCCUAGCCACCACACUAACCUCAGGUUUGGCUGCCACUGGGGGACAGGAUGUCUCCUUGACCCCAGCUCCGGGCUCCACCACUGCUCCAGCCCACCACGGCACCUCGGCCAUGGACACCGGGCCAGCCUCUGGCUCCACCACCGCUCCAGCCCACGGCUCCACUACCGCUCCAGCCCACCACGGCACCUCGGCCACGGACACCGGCCCCGCCCCAGGCUCCACCACCACUCCAGCCCACCAUGGCACCUCGGCCACGGAUACCAGGCCAGCCUCCGGCUCCACCACUGCUCCAGCCCACGGCUCCACCAUCACCUCCGGCUCCACCACCACUCCAGCCCACGGCUCCACUACCAGUCCAGCCCACCAUGGCACCUCGGCCUCAGGCUCGACAUCAGGCUCAGCUUCCACUUUGGUCCACAAUGGCACCUCUGCCGCCGAGUCUACCACAAUCCCAGGCAGCAAGAGUACGCCAUUCUCAACUCCCAGCCACCAUUCUGAUACUCCUGCCACCCUUGCCAGCCAUAGCACCAAGACUGUUGCCAGUAGCACUCACCAUAGCAUAGUACCUCCUCUCACCUCCUCCAAUCACAGCACUUCUCCCCAGUUGUCUAUUGGGGUCUCUUUCUUUUUCCUGUCUUUUCGCAUUUUCAACCUCCAGUUUAACUCCUCUUUGGGAGAUCCCAAUACCAACUAUUACCAAGAGCUGCGGAGAAACAUUUCUGAAUUGUUUUUGCAGAUUUAUAAACAAGAGUAUUUUCUGGGCCUCUUCAAUAUCAAGUUCAGGCCAGGAUCUGUGGUGGUAGAAUCGACUCUGGCCUUCCGAGAAGGUACCACCAGUGUCCAAGAUGUGGAGACACAGUUUGAUGACCGUAAAGAGGAAGCAGUCUCUAGAUACGACCUGAAUGUCUCAGCAGCCAGCGUGCGUGAUGUGCCAUUUCCCGUCUCUGCCCCGUCCGGGGCUGGGGUACCAGGCUGGGGCAUUGCGCUGCUGGUGCUGGUCUGUGUUCUGGUUGCGCUGGCCGUGAUCUAUCUUGUUGCCUUGGCUGUCUGGCAGUGCCGCCGAAAGAACUACGGGCAGCUGGAUAUCUUUCCAGCCCGCGAUGCCUACCAUCCUAUGAGCGAGUACCCCACCUACCACACCCAUGGGCGCUAUGUGCCCCCUGGAAGUACCAAUCAUAGCCCCUAUGAGGAGGUUUCUGCAGGUAAUGGUGGCAGCAGCCUCUCUUACACAAACCCAGCGGUGGCAGCCACUUCUGCCAACCUAUAGGGGCACGUCGCCUGCUGAGCUGAGUGGUCAGCCAGUGCCAGUCCGCCCCACUCCGGCUCUUCAGGGCCAGAGUCCCCAAACCCUGUUCUGGGCUGGUGAGUUGGGAGUUCAGGUGUGCUGCUCACAGCCUCCCUCAGAGGCCUCACCAAGUUCCUGGACACUUCUCGGCCUGUGGAAGCCCGUGCCUGCCCCUGAGGGCUUAUGCCUGGGGAGUGGUGCGGUGGGAGCUCCCAGGAGGUCUGGCCCAGAGACCCCGGAGAUGGCAGGGAACCUGGACAGGACUGAAUAAAACAUGGUCUUCCGCUGUA